GAGGAGCCUCCAGAUGAGGAGUAGGAGGAGGAGCCUCCAGAUGAGGAGUAGUGGGAGCCUCCAGAUGAGGAGUAGGAGGAGUCUAAAGAUGAGGAGUAGGAGGAGCUGCACCGUGGCACCAGGAGGUCACUGAGGUCUGGACGUCCUGCUGGAGGAGGAGGUUAUUAUUGUGACCACACAGUCGCACACGCACACAGACACACACUUCCUCCAGUGGAAUGUGUAGUAACUGGUUGAGCACUGUAGUACAGAUGGCCAGCAGUACCCAGAGAAAAGUUGCUCUAUUUUUAAACUAUUGUGAUACUGUGUGUGUGUGUGUGUGUGCGUGUGCGUGUGCGUGUGUCACAAACAACCUGCAUUCUUUGGGUUUCUAUGUUUUGGCCAUUCAUUAUGACAAUCAUUUCCCACCAUCAGCCCCAACCAGUUAUACAGGUUGUGGGCGUCGCAGAGACACACAAUCCAGGUGAGAGAGAGACACUCCAGGUGAGAGAGAGACACACUCCAGGUGAGAGAGAGAGACACGCUCCAGGUGAGAGAGAGAGACACUCCAGAUGAGAGAGAGACACGCAGAAAGAGGAAGAGAGAGAGAGGCGUACACACACACGCGCAGUGAAAAAAAAGAGAGAGAACGUGAUUGACGGGGAGAGAGAGGAAGCCAGAGUUAGAGCGAGUGAGAUAAAGGUAAACACAGAGAGAGAGAGAGUGAGAGAGAGAGAGAGAGAGAGAGAGAGAGAGAGAGAGAGAGAGAGAGAGAGAGAGAGAGAGAGAGAGAGAGAGAUCAAAAAAGGGGAAACAGGAACAAGCAGGUAAACGUUCCAAAGUUCACCUGGUCCCGCCCCGAGCCAGCUCACCUGAGGCGAGGUGUGGGAGAGGCGGGGCUGAGGAGUGAGGGAGCUGUCGGCCGGGUACGUCUCACUCGGCGGUUGGAUCGUCUCCAUGGAACACCUGUUUGUUGCCCUGAGGACCUGUGUACAGCCAGCAGCAGACCCACGAGGACUUAACGAGGACUUAACGAGGACUUAACGUGGAGCACCUCCCCCUCCUGAAGCACACCGAACCAGAGACUGGCGCCGGGUCUGGACCGGGACCAGCGCUGAGAGGAUGAGGUUCCUGAGGAGCCUCCUCUGUGUGCUGUGGUGCUACGGUUGCCGCGGUGACGGCAGCCCAGCCGUCGGUGACAAGAUGCCCUACUUUGUCUCUAGAAACUUCUACAACGUGCUGCACUGGAACCAUACGGAGGAGGACGAAGGGCUGCUUUACUCUGUCAUGACCCGGAGCACCGUGGACGGGGCGCCACUGCUGCGCAAGAGCGGCUGUCAGAACAUCAGCGGCCGGUCAUGUGACCUGACGGCGGACACGCCCCCGCUGCCCGGUGUGGAGUACCACGCCCUGCUGUACGCCAACGGGCGCUUCCUGGAGAAGAGCGUCCGCUUCAACCCCGUCGCCGACACGGUUCUGGGGCCCCCCCUGCUGUCCCUGAGGGUCUCUGGCUCCUCCCUCCACCUGAACGUGACCCUUCCCCCGGGGCCCGGGGGCGUGGCCCUCCAGGACCUGCUGAAGGGCAGCCGGACCCGCAGCACAACGGACCCCGUGGUGGGGUACACCCUGACGGUCACCGACCCCGACUGGGCUGCCCUGGUCAACGACAGCCUCACGGGGCGCUACGUGCUGCAGCUGAAGAACAACGACACGCGGUACUGCGGCCACGUGGUGUACAAACCCAACUUCCUGUUCGGACGGCCGCCCAGCGACCCCGAGACCUUCUGCGUCAUCAUGCCAAGAGGUCGAUGGGCGGAGGUGCCCUGGGUCCUCCUGGCAGGGGGUCUAGUCCUGGUCCCGGGGGUCCUGACCUCCCUCCUGGUCUACCUCUACACCCACCCCCGGAAGAAACCCCGCCUACCUUCCUCCAUGGGGUCCUGGGGCCCCCCCCCCUGGCCCAGACUCCUGGCCCCCUCCGACCUGGUGCUGGUCUGCUCCGUCCCGGAGGUCGGGCCCUGUGCACCCCGACCGGUCCCACCCUGGCUGGUCGCGACCCCCCCGGGGGGGUACUCCCCCCAGGGGGACCCCUGUGAGGACGACGCCUGGGGCCUGGGGGCCGCGGACCACAGCGGCGGCUCCGCCUCCUCGGGGGGGCGGGGCCCGUCGACCCCCACCCAGUCCUCCGGGGGCUACGCCCAGGUGGUCGUCAGGGAGACCGGCCAGGACCCCCGCCACCGGCCCGAGGGGACCCCCAACGGGGACGCCGGGGGACACCAGGCCACGCCCCCCAGCGGUCCGGGCGACGCCCCCCCCGGGCCGCUGGUCCUCCAGGCUCUGAGGAACCAGCAGGGGGUGCUGGUGCUGUCCAUGGGGGCCUUCCAGGCCCCCGCCGGCGGGGGGGAGGAGGAGCAGGAGAAGCUCCUGGGUGAGGGGGGGUACAAGGCCCAGGGGCCCCCCCACAUGCUGCUGUCCCUCAGCGUGGGCGGCUCGGAGGACUGGGGCUCGGGCUGCGACCAGAGCGCCGCCACCACCCCCACCCUGCUCUCGGUGCACUCCGGGGGAUCCCCCACCCUGCUCUCGGUGCACUCAGGGGGGUCCCCCACCCUGCUCUCGGUGCACUCUGGGGGCUCCCCCACCCUGCUCUCGGUGCACUCCGGGGGCUCCCCCACACUGUGGGCCCCAGAGCCGGACUCCGCUGCCUCGGGGUACAAACAGAACUGGUUCCCCGUGGGGGAGAGCCCCUGCAGUGACCAGAGGGGUGCCCUGCCCUGCAGCAGGCCUGAGGGGCGGGGGGAGGAGGAGGAGAAGGGGGGGGGGCAGGACUCCCUCCGGGACUGGAUAGUCCGGGUCCAGGAGUGAGGACCACGGAGCUCUCCGACGGACCACCGGGUCUGAUGGAUCCUCCCAGGACAGGACGGACCUGACAGGGGCCCGCCCCCGCCCCCGCCCGCCCCAGCCCUGCCUGCAGUGGGGCCUCCCCACCACCGCGGCGCUGUGGCGCCCCGACCCCCCCCCCUCCGAAGGUGGAGUCAGAAAUGACAGCUCUAUGAUGGACGGUGUUUUGCUAUGUGUUGUUUUCCCCAGGAGCUCCUCUCCCUCUGUGAAUGGUGAUGUAAUGUAAGCCAAUUAUAAGCUGUGAUGUCCUGUUGAAGGGUUAGCCUCCGUGACUAGCUAUUGGGGCUCCACAGGGCUGCACGCCUCUGUAGGACUUGUUUGAAGGACAUAUUUAAGCUAGGUUAUUAAGAUGGAGUAGCAGUUAGCCGUUGCUACGGUAACCCAUCCACACCGGACCGGACGCAUGCGGCCGGGGGGGGGGGGGGGGGUUGAUGGAGAUGUGAUUGGCUCUAAGGCAGUUGCAGCCUGUACAUUCAGGGCGUUCUGUUGACGCUUUCAUCCAGAGCGACACACAAUGAGUCAAUUUGUCAGAAGAAAGAGAAGCAACAAUUUAUCUCUGUCGGUACGUUAAGGAUGUUCAUAGAACCAAGUGCCAAGCACUAACUAUCACUAGGUUAACCCUUUCCCCUAUACAGCAAAGGUAGCUGGGAUAAUGCUACACAAUGUUAAUUGCUAUUUUUAAGUGCCAACACACAAUCAGUGCCUAAGAGGGAUGAAGGGGUGGGUGGGGGGGAGACUGUAGUCCUCUUCCCUGUCCUGUAAUCCCAGAGCCCUCCUGGGGGUGCUGGUCUCUGUGUGUCUUCCAGUGGGAAGGUUUUACGGUCCACAACGUUGAGAGAGAAUACACUGAGAGAAGGCACCUGGCUCGCUCUGCGUUGCCAUGGUUAUGAAGAUGUAUGGUGGGUGGGGGGGGGGGGGGCAGGACUCGCACUACAGUCAGUAGUCAGUACCCAUCUAGUCCCCACAGACAGGACAGGCUGCCUGCUGUUUUUAUUAAUGUUAAUCGUUUACAAGACUGAUUUCUGGAACAGAAACUGAACUUUUGUUUUCUGCGAGAGUUAAUGUGACUUCAAAGUAAGGGCGUGCUUUUCUGUGUUGAAGUGAAUAUGUUUUAUGAUUGUGACUUAUGUAAUACUGUUUGCAGAGGCCAGUUUCGUACACACAGCUGUAAAUCUAUCCAAACAUAUGGACAAAAUGUUAGUCCCAUAUGAACAAACUGUACAGUAUAAUACUGAUUUAUGUUUUGCUGUUUAAUGUAUUGUUCUCCUAUUUUACUACUUUGUUUCUUUUUGUGCCAGAAUGUAUAUGGAAAAAGUUGACAUUCACUUGACUUCAUUGAACACCUGGCCUAGAAACCUUUUGGAUUCAACAAAGGUGAAAUAUUUCUUUGGUACAUUCGCUUUAAAUCCAGAGAACCUUUAGUGCGAGAUUUGAUUUCAUGUUAAAAAAAGUUUUAUGAGAUUGAAUAAACCAUUGGAGCAACCUUC